UUUUUUUGUUUUUUGUUUUUUGUUUUUGAAACUGGUUGAGAAGAAACGAAACUAAAAUAUAUAUGCAACGGUGUGUACGGUCUCUGCUGCUCUAGUCUGUAAAGAAUUUUUCUCAAUCAGUUGUUAUUGGAGUCAGCUGGAGUCACGUUUGUUGCUGUUAUUAUUGUUGUUAUUAUUGUUGUUGUUUUUGUUAUUGAACUUUUUUAAUUUUUCAGCAGUAAUCCAUGUGGGAUUUUUGGCAUUAACUGUAACAUCAAAACUUUCUAAAACAUGUCUGCAUCGUGGCUAUGCUUAGAAACAACCUCAAAAUUAGCUUUAUAUCUGAUCGUUUUCGCACUGCUUGCCACACAGUGCGUAUGCUUAACAAAUGCGGCAGCUUCAUACCCGGCUAUACCCGAGUCGAGGGCACACAUCAAUAGCUUAACAGAUGAAAUUCAGCAUAAAGAGUUCGAUAAUUCAAAUUCACAGCAGCCGCAUUCACGAAGAAAACGUUUAAUAUGGAUAACGGACGAUGGUCGUUUGGCACUACCGCCAGGCACAUCCUUAACAUUUACGCCAACCAUUGCUUUGCCGCUAGUUCGACAUCCACCCGAGGGCUUCUUUUCCAAUUUAACCAUCAGUUUUCCCGUAACAAUUGAUUUUGAUAAAUUAGGUCUGACGGACAAUCAAAAUCCUUUGGGUGAUUUGCCGCCAAUAUUUGCCCGUUCGUUUGGUCAUACGGCUGGUCUCAUGUUAAGCGAUUAUAUGACUAAAUAUUUGCAUUUUAAACGGAAACGCGACUUAAGUGAACAAAAUUCUAUUGAAAAUUCAAAAAGAAAAUAUUUCAAUAAUAACGAGCAAGUGGGGGAUAAGUCGGAAGAGGGUAUCAAAUUUCCACAACUACCGGAACGUUUCAAGCAUGUUUUCCACGGUGGCGAAAGAAUAAUAUUAUACGGCGUAGUUGAGAAUUUUCUAUCGACAUUUGGAUUGAACGGCAAGGCUUGUUUAUUGCGCACUAUAUGUGAGAUCCAUUCACGUCCGUUGGAUCAUUUUGGUGUCUUCGGAGAAAUGAUUAAACUGUUUCUCACGGUAACGAAGUCACCAUUUUCCGAUUUAAUACCGGAAUAUGUUAAAGCUCAGGAAAUUGGUGAGGGUCUAAUACCGCCAGCUGAAUGUUUUCCCUAUUACAAAGACUGCCCAAAGAGUAUAUUUAAGGCCAUUCAAAAUCAUAAAUAUAGUAAUAUCCUAAAGACAGAAGAUGAUGAGCACGAGACAGCAUCGCAAUACACGAUCAAUACCCAAUUACCAAAUUCAGAAAAUGCUAUAAAUAAUGAAAUGGAAAAUGAUUUUUUGAAAGGGAAAAAUCAUAUAUACUCCAUGUAAAAGGACAACUAUCGCAUGUACAGAUGUGAUCGGAUAAAGAGUCCAACAGAAGGAUAUAUGUAAAACGUAUACAGUAGUGAGAAAAUAGUUUGACGCAAUUAACUUAUAGCUAAUAUUUGUUAGUUAGUUAAUUGUUUACUCAAUUUCAUUACGUUUAGAGUUUAGUUAUGCGUUUUAGAUUUAAUUGAAAACCGUUCGCCUAAAAUUAAUUGAUUUGCAUAAACAAUGUACGCUAAUGGUGCCUGCUUUUCAUCUUUCAAGUCUUAAGUGUGUAAAAUUCUCUUUAAUAGAAUAAUUUUCUGCUUCUUCUUUCUUUUCCCAUUUUUAUUAUGAUAUUUGAAAUUUCGAUGCACCAGAGUAUAGAGAUAUGCUAGCGUAAAUUCUAUGCGUUCGGUACAUUGGUUUGGAAAAUUAUAAAAUCUCUAAACCCGUUUACGAGUAUGUCUCAAGGACAACUAUGAACUCACUGUAGUAAUAAGCAAGAGUACGACUAUGCGGUGCAUACGAAUGAGCUACUUAAGCAUCUUUUAUUAGUAUUUACUAUAUAUUUUAUUUAUUUCGAUACUUAUAAACGCCAGAAACGCAAUAUUAAAUUAAAAUUGUAAAAUCUAUGAAAUGAGGAACGGAAUCAGACAUAUGCUUAUGAUAAAACCGGAAUCAGCAUUAGCUAUGACUGUCUUUCUGUCUGCUGUCUUAAAGUUCUUUCAUCAAAAUUAUCUCUUAAUAAUUCGAGGCGCAAUGUACAAAUGUGAGCCCUACUUCAUUCAUCAUCAAAUUGGGUACGAUAUCACAAAUAAUAUUACAUAUAUUAUUCAUAUAUAUGAAAGAUAAAAAAAAAAAAUAUUUCCAAUGAAACCUGGAAACCUGAUUCGGAUUCAUUGGAAGUGAAUUUUGCUACUUAUGAGCUUCUAAUUAGCGCACUUGUCUCUACUAUAAACAUCAUAACAUAACAGUUACAUAUAUUAAUCGACUCUUAUAUGGCACAUGAAAAGUUUUAUAAAAAAAA